UGAAACACGCUGGACUAUUGUCCACCUAAAAAGAGCGUCCAUGAACUCCCAAAAACCUAAAUCAAGGGAGUCUACGACAUUUGUAAUAAAUCUAUGAAAUUUUGCCCAUCUGAAGAACUCAUAACACCGUCUCUCCAACACACAUUGAGGAAUUCUGUCCCUGCGUCCCCAUCUGCACCAGUGUUUAAUAACUUUCUCCUCUGACGCAGUAAACGGAACCUGAGCUUCCGAAGGGUGUGUGGUGAGUGUGGAAGAUCCAGAAAAGAAGUACACUGGAUGGGAACAUCUUGGCAGUGGGUGGCUGUAAAGGAACUUUAUCUCCAGCACCAGGGCUGUGAGGGAGUAUUAAAAGAAAUCCUGCUCAUGAGAGAAAAUAAGAACGCCAAUAUUGUCAGCUACUUAAAAAGCUACCUUGUGGAUGAGGCUGUCCUGCUGGUGUUGGAAUAUAUGGAUGGAGGCUCCUUAGCUGAUGUGGUCACCGUGAGAAGGAUGGCUGUAGGACACAUAGCAACAGUGUGUCGGGAGUGCCUGCAAGGCCUGGCUUUCCUUCAUGCCGAGCAGGUGAUCCACAGAGACAUCAAAAGUGACAACAUCCUUCUGGGCUGGGAUGGCUCCGUCAGGCUGGGUGGGUAUUCCUGCUGA